AUGGAAUCGGGAGGAGACGUAAUAUGUAUCGAUCUCCCUACUGAACCGAACACUGAUAUAUUUGUCGAAAUCUCAAAAACCACAGGCCAAAAAUGGAGUUACCACAGUCUAGACGUCACCGACAGCAUCGCCGUCCAAAAAACAAUCGACGAUGAAAUAUCUAACCUCCGUCCCUCUCACCCUCUUCGUGGCGUCGUAACAACAGCAGGUAUAUCCGGCGGCGCACCCGCAGAAACAUAUCCCCUCGACAAAUUCAAGCAAAUCCUAGACAUAAACGUGCUAGGGACAUUUAAUGUCGUACAGGCGGUAGGGAGAUACAUGUUAGAGAAUAAAUUAGGGGGAAGUGUAGUUAUGAUUGCUAGUAUGAGUGGGAGUGUGGCUAAUAAGGGCGUCAAAACCGCAGCCUAUAACACCUCUAAAUCAGCAAUUCUACAACUAGCUCGUUCUCUGGCCGCUGAAUGGGGGAAUCCUUCACCAAGCACAACCUCUCCCGCGCCACCUAUCCGUGUCAAUUCGCUCUCCCCAGGGUACAUCCACACAGCUCUCAGCGAAGAAUCCAUGAACCAUCCGGAAACCCGCGAGGUUUGGUUGUCCGGUAGCAUGCUUGGGAGAUUCUCAUGGGCAGAGGAGUAUCGUGGUCCUGUGCUCUUCUUAUUGGGAGAGGCAAGUAGAUUUAUGACGGGCGCGGAUUUGAGAGUUGAUGGGGGUCAUUGUGCUUGGUGA